AUGUUUCUGUUUGGCUCUAAACCUGCGCAACAACAGCCGCCUUCUUCAGGUCUGGGUUUCUCUUUUGGGUCCACUUCUGCCCCGCAAACGGCGCCUCAAACUCAAGCAUCGACGUUUUCAACCAACAUUCAGAAUGGUCAAAAUGCUCAGAAUAGCCAGACUAACACCAAUACGUCUGCAUUUCUGGGUUUGGGGAAGUCCAAUUUCAGUGGCAUCUCCUCUUCCAGCACGUUGCCUUCUGAAAUUGCCCCAGACGCAUCGUCCACGAAAAUCUUGAAAGACUUAUUAGAUUCCGCAAACAAUUUGCCCAAAUUGGACAAUGCAAACUUGGGAUCUAUCCACAUGCCCUUGAAUGAGUUGCAGAACAAGCUGCAGAUGUUCAAGAAAAAGGAUAAUGUUAGUGGAAAUUACACCCAGGCACAUUACUUGCUCUCGGGAAGUGGAAUCAAUGCCGCGGAUAUUGAAUCUGAAUUGAAACAUCUCUCUUCCAGUGGAGCAGACAUUACUAGAACACAUGCAUUGGACAACACUUCCGUGUCCUCUGCGCCUGCUGAUCGACCAGAGUCUAUAGAAAACUACUUGAUCGCUAAAAAGGAAGAGAAUAUUCUAAAUGCGAUCGAGCAGUCACUUGCCUCUGCAUCCAAAGACUUUGAUCAGUUCAUCAAUCAGAACGUAGUUAUCGACUGGAAGGUGCGGAAAGAGCACUUGAAAAAGUCUUUGGGUAUUCCCAUCAAGAACAAGAUCACCAAUGAGGAGUUGGCCAAGUCUUUUGCUUGGAACAAGUCUUUGCCUGGCAACUACCGAAUUUUGACCCCAUUGGUUGCUAAGGGCGCGUCAUCUUCCACAAGACAGUUGAGCAGAGACAAGUUCGAGAGCCACGCCAAGGUGAUUUAUAACCUCAAUGAGGCCCGUUUACAGGACAAGAAUUUUCCUUUAUGUCUGUGCUUUGAAGAAUUAAACAAAUCCAAUGCCGACUUGAAGUCGAAACAGAUGGGCGAGGUGUGGAGAAUUCUUGCAGACUUGUGCAAUGAGAGAUUUGUUAAAGUCAACCAAGAGCAACUCUUUUUUGAUGAAUACAGCGGUGCAAAGAUUGGAAACAAAUUGAAAAAACGCAUAGUUCUGACCUCAAGAGCGUACUUGGAGGGUCAGUUUUUCGCAUAUAUGGAUGAGAUCUACACCAAGGACGAUAAAAAGCCCGACGUCUAUCUUCCAGCUAACAAUAUCAACAAGGUGCUGUUUUUCAUCCAUAAGGUCAUUACCAAAAAUAACAACGAAGAGUACAUGAAGCGUACUUUGAACAUCAAUGGCGUUCCAAUCUGGGCUCUUCUUUUCUAUUUGAUGAGAAGUGGUCUUUAUGCUGAGGCCAUCGAACUCACAGCCGUCAACAGAGAUGCUUUCGACAAGUUUGAUAGCAAUUUCCCUGUCUACUUGAAUGCGUUCGUCAAAGCUGAUGGAUUUGGAUUGCCUAGUCAAUUGCAAGCAAGAAUUUCUUCUGAUUUCAGUCAAACUUUCCAGUUCUUGAACGAAGACUCCACAAAUCUUGAUCCAUACAAAUAUGCGGUCUACAAAAUCGUUGGUAAAUGUGAUUUGGCCAAGAAGUCGUUGCCAAACGCUAUCAACUUGAGUAUUGAGGAUUGGUUAUGGUACCACUUGCUGCUCAUCAACGAAUUUAACCCUGAGGCAUCCUCAAGUUUAAUUUACGAGAACUACACUUUAGAAAACUUACAGAAAAAGGUGGUUUCUUUGGGUCCAAACAAGUUCAAUGCAUCUUCAAACAACCCGCUGUAUGCCAAAAGUUUGAUUAUGCUUGGUUUAUACGAAACUGCAGUUCAAUAUGUCUAUGAAUUCAGCAAUGAGUGUGACGCAGUGCAUUUGGCAACCGGAUUGGGCUAUUAUGGAUUGUUGAGAGUAUCGUCCACAAAAACAGAUGAGCUUGUCUCCAUCACCGCAGAAGACAUUUAUGAGAUCAAUUUCAGCAGAUUGUUGGGAUCAUACACGCGUACUUUCAAGAUCAGUGACCCCAAGGUCGCUGCUCAAUACCUCAUUUUGAUCUGUAUGUCGAAGGGAGGUCACUCGCCGGGAGAAACUGCCAAGUGUCACGAAGCUUUACGUGAGCUCAUUCUCCUUUCAAGAGAGUUCGGCCUUCUAUUGGGAGAAUUAAACUCCGAAAAUGGCGACAGCUCGUCAGGAAUUUUAAAGACACAGAGAUCAUUGAUUAACUUGCCAGAAUUACAGAACUUCUACCAUCAAAUCAUCGAGGUAAGUGCCAGCAGGUGUGAAGAGGAAGGAAGAAUCUUUGAUGCCUUACGUCUUUACCAGCUUUGCCAGGAGUAUAACACGGUGGUGUCUCUUCUUAACAAGUUCUUAAGUGAGGUCAUUUCGAUGAACGAAUUGGACAAGCCUCUCUUGACUGGAGCGGAGUUCAAGACCAGCACGGGUGCUCUUAAACCGGAAGAGACAGUGGACAACAACAUAAUUCUUCUCAGUAAGAGCAUUAUGACAACUUUCAACAAUAAUAGCUACAUCAUCGAGAAGGUGUCUUCAAAGCAACGUGAAAUCAACGGCUACUUACUACCAAUUGUGGACAUCAGACAAAAAUUUAUUGAGAAAGAUUGGCAGGGCACCCUCUCUGCAGUGAAGGAUUUGGGAUUGAUUCCAAUCGUUUCAUCAGACGAUUUUGUUGACAUCAGGCACUCUGCAGAAGCUUUGGCUAACUAUGACGUGUGUCUCUUGCGAGUAAUUCCUUCGUUGUUAAUUAUUGUCAUGACAUGUAUCGCCCAAAUGAAUUACUCCAUCUUGACAAAGAGAUAUGGUGCUGCAGAUCACGAAAGAUUCGAGGUGCACAACUUGAAGCAAAUUGCUAAAAAUUGCAUGGUGUACGCCGGUAUGAUUCAGUACAAAAUGCCAAGAGAGACUUACAGCUUAUUGAUCAACUUGGAGGCGCAGCUUUAA